AUGACAGUCUCAGCAGAGUUCCUCGCGCGCGUGUACGCAGGAGAGGAGAUCUUCACCAAUGUCCCUGGCACUUUCGCCAAUGAAUCCUACACGUCUCGGCUACCGGGACUUGUCCGCGACUGCGUGGCCAGCAACCGUGAACGGUUCUCCGAGGAGCAGUGCGAACGUCUGCUGCAACUGGCCGACGACAUGAUGAAUGACGCCGUGAUCGCGUUGCUCUCUCAAUAUCCCGAACAAGCUGCCAAGUCUCCUACGAGCGCUCAAUGGGAGAACCUACUCAAGGGUAAGAGCUACACGUGGCAGAACUCGCCGUGGUUCUUGAGCGAACAGUAUAUGUUUCAUCUGGUACUGCUGCUGGCCGAGUACUACACGACGGGCAUCGACCCGUUCCAUCCUUCUAAAGUGGCGGAAUUGAAAGAGGUGACACCUUGGGCGUUGCUUCAGACAGCUGUGGGUUUAUCGGCUCAGGAGGAGGCGAGUUCUCAGAGCCGUCACGACCAGCUGAAGCGGUUCAUGAAGUUGUGUUUGUGGGGCAACAAAGCAGACGGAUGCUACAAGGAAGUGAAGGACACUCUCAGCGAAGCGGGCGCUUCUCUUGUGUUCGACGAUGAGCUGCUGCUUGUAGAUCACAGCGACAAAGUGAUUGAUUUCUUGGGGCAGAAGGCACGUGAGGCAGACGCAAAGUCUCUGAGUGUGCAAUACAUUAACGACAACAGCGGUACUGAGCUUUUGUUGGAUUUGGCCCUGGCAGAUCACUUACUGGCCCAUGGAUGGUGCGGUAAAGUGACGCUCAACGUGAAGGUUGAACCGAUGUACGAGAUGCAGCGCGAUACCUGCUUGCCGGAAGUUCAGGCUCUGGGCAUGCCUACAGACUCGUCUUGCUAA